AUGUUCUCUCCACCAACCUCAAGCGCAAAACAUUCACUUGAAGUGGAUAGGAAAGGAGUACCGUUAAGUAUGAAAAGUUAUCGCUCAGCACAAACGGCAUUACCCAAUCCCAUCGAAACUCAAGCACAACAAGAGAGCACAUUAAAUUCAGCCUGCCUUAACAUUCUUUCUCAUACUACCUUCUCGAAACCAACAUUUCAGUCCGCAAGCACCCAGCCAAAAUUCAUAGGAACAUGCAUCAUCUGCAAAGUAUGUUCACGUGACCCGCGUCUACCUUCCCAACCUCCUCCCACCCCAUAUUACCCCAAGCCGACUCUAUCCCCAAACGGCAAUCCAUCCGAACCAGCCAACGAACCCUCAUCGAAAGGAUAUAUGUAUUUAAAAGACGACGCAACACCAAUGUUACUCAACAGCAGCUUCGAUAGCGAUCCGCAACUUAGGAUCGCAAGUAUGGUUCCUGUGUAUUCGGUACUGUAUAACGCUCCUAAUAGUAUCACUGGCGUUGAUGUUGGGAAUGUCUCGAGUGGAUUGGAUCUGCUGGGUGAGGUUGUGAACACUCAGUGCAUCUCUCCUAGGAAUAGGACAUCAAAGGAAACGACUACCAUCGUGGAAGUCUCAGAGGUGGAAAUCCCAAUCUCUCUAGAAGCAUGUCUGCAAAAGAUCGACACUCGAUCCAACCAAACUUUCACCCUCUUCCAAGCCAGCACGGAUGACCCUAACAUUCUCCCCUCCCGCGUAAACUUCAUCCGUGCUACAGACCCCCAUCUCCCGAACAUCCCCAUCUACACUUACGAAUCCUGGAAACCUCUUGCAUGCUCCUAUUAUCCUCUCGCCACUCUUGCUCGUAGGGAUGUCUACGUUACCAUACCCUUGCACCUCGAGCCUAGGACUCCGUAUUACAACGGCGGUGCAAGCCCCUGGACGAACUAUGUCUACAGUAUAUCAACACGGAAUCUACUAGAAUGCGCAACCCUGGGACUAGUAGCGUAUCUCAGGACUAGACUUCUCCAGUAUAAUAACGCCGACAUCACCAACACGUUGUAUAUCCCUGAUAUAAUACGCAGGGGUGGUUUAAUUCCCUUUCACUUCAUCCUACUCGAUGGCCUGGUCGGAAAAUUCAUUGCCUUCGACCGCAACGGCAACGGCCAUGGAUCCCCUAAACCUCCCGCCCCUAUAUCUCCCCACAUAUUUCUCCAUCACCCCAAUUCCAUUUGCAACAAGGAGCCUGGCACAUCAGCCGUUCUGGAAGCGGCAAUUGCUUACGGCGUCUUCGGCGAAUUGAGGCGUGAAGGAGGCGUGUUGGUGAUGCAAUUGCGAGUUGCCUGCGUUAACGCGGAAUCUGGAGGUCAAAUGCUUUUCCUCAUAAGGAACCCCAGGGUAGCUUCCUUGAGCAAUUUCCAAUUGAGGGGCAUUCACACCAUCAUUCAAAGCUUUAUCUCUCAUAUUUCGCCCCUAAACAAUCCAUUCCCACCAAUCUCUCCAGGGCUCACUUCCACCGUUUAG